CUUCUUUUGAUUUCUUAGUCCAACGACCAUCUGUCAUCAGUAUUAAAACCUUCUUUUACUACAAGUUUCUCCACAAAAAUCUCUUCUGUGUUAAAACUGCUUUGAUCUACAUUUUCUCUACAUAGUUCAACAUGAAGUUACUUGGUUGGAUGCAGUCAAAACUAAAGCAAAAAGGCAAUGAGCCAGCAAAUAAUACUACCAUAUUAGGAAAUUCCAUUACAUCUUUCUCACCUCACAAGGUGGUUAAAAGCAAUGGAGCAGAAAUGGUAUUUCAAGAACAACCAUCUGAUGAAAUCUUCCCUGGAUUUUUGGCAAUUGGUACUCUGGGCAAUUAUCAGACAACUAAUACUGACCCUCCAACUCCAACGUUCCCUAUGUCCUUUGAGCAUGGUGAAACAGACAUAACAGAGAAAGAAUUAAAGUUCAUUAAUGAUGAGCUUGAGAAGUUUCUUGAAGAGAAAGUGAAGGAAGUUGCUUAUGAAUCAUCAGAAAGCAUCAUUACCCUCAGCGACAAACACAUGGAAACAGGAGCUACUGAAUGUUAUGUCAACGUGGAGCAAUGUCCACUCCAGAAAUAUCUUUUCGGCUCUUCAGUUGAAUUGCUAGAGAUAGAAUCGGAGGUAAAGCAACAAAAGGGUUUCCUAGAAGAGCUCUUUAAGAAGAAAAACAUAGUCCAAGAGGGUCAUGUAGGAAAUGAAGGAAAAGAAAAGAAACAAGCCAAGGGAAAACAUUUAGCUCAUUUCAUGAAAAAGAUGCUGCGGAACCUCCAGUACAAAUCAAAUAGCUCUACUACAGUUUCUUCCAAAGGAAAUAUCACUGGAUCUGUUAACAAGAGGAAACUCCCUCAGGUCCUUAAAAUGUUUCACAGGAAAGUUCAUCCUGUGAAUGAGAACAAUCUACAAGAUAAUGAGACUAGCAAUAUUUCCGCAUGCAAGGCUGGUAAUCUGGGAGCAAUCAGUGAAGUGAACGCAAAAUUUUAUCCAGCUGCAACUCCAAAGAAGGAAGUAAUAAGCAGAGAGCGCUGGAUUAAAACAGAGAGUGAUUACUUGGUGCUGGAGCUGUAGAUGGCAAAAUCUUGCAGAAAGAGUAUAUAAUUAUGUCCAAGUGUGAGCGUAAUGUUAAUAUAAAGAAUAAAGGAAGACCUUCAUUCUUUGUGCUACUGAUGUGUGGGAUAAACGAGCUGUAUUCAUUAAGAUUGAUGCAUUGUUGUGCGAAGAAUUGUUAAGAAAGUAAUAUUGUCUGCUAAGAAUAUUUUUCCUUUUAUUUUCCAAGCACUGAAAUUCUUAAAUGAUGCGUGAAGGUGUAAUGUGUGUCCCUGUUGCAUGAGCGAUAUGGAAAUGAUCGAGUAAGGUGUUUCUUUA